AUGGGGCCAUUGAAGAGAGAAGAGGAAGCUCAGAGCAUAAUCCUGAUCAGCGAUGAUGAAGCUGAGAGCACGGAUGGGAGUUCGGUUCUGUUGGCAGACCCGGCAGGUGAGUACCAGCAGUCUGCCCUGGAAGAGAAGAAAUCUGAAGAAGUUGUGGAUGAGGAAUGUGAGCUAAUGGUUACUUUCUGUAAACAAGCAAAAGUGAUGCCUCACGCGAGAUACGACUGUACAACGCACCCCUUUGAGCGAACAGAAUGCGAUACGUGCUCGCCCCUUGGAAAAAAUGCUGAUAUUUGUAAUCAGUGCUACUGCUAUAUCUGCGACAAGCUGGCGUCUGAGUGCCCGAACUGGACCACCCCUUCCCUCUGCCACUGCAAUGCCCACAACAAAAGCAAGUUCUGGAAGGACCAGCGUGACUUCUCCUUGGCUGGUGUUCUCGUGAUGUUCAACUUGGAGCUCACAGAUAUCGACGCGGACCUGCGGCACGGCGGAAGUCUUCUCAUAAAAUUUAUGCAGGAACUUUCUGUGGAAUAUAACAAGUAUCUGGUUGGAGAAAGAAUGCCUCCCGCACAACAUGAAUGCUUUUGCCUCCCAAAAUUGCCUCCUGGGCAGUGCAAUACCUGCAGGACACGCAACAUGGAGGUUGUAUACAAGUAUUCUGGAGUGUUUGCGCUGGUCACAAGAUUUUUAGAUCAGGCAGAAAAAGAGAAUCCUAAAGCUGCUGCUGUCAUGUUUCUGGGAGCAGCUAAGGAGAUAGCGUUUCAUAAAGACCCUGCUCUGAUCACGACGCAUCUUCAGAGGAUGCUGGUGUGGUACGACUUUCCAAAAACUUUGUAUGAAAAGUUUAUUAAUUUCUUUCAGUCCAUCUCACUUCCAUGCCACUGUUUUGGCUUCUCAAAUAGCUUGAAUGUUGUGCCGUGGGACCAUGUAUUACUGACCACGGUUUUAAAAGGCCAGAACAUCACCGGUCAAAGAACACGGAAAGGAAGAAAAGUGUUUCUGUGGGAAGCGCUCCCUGUUAUAGAGGCUCGAGUGGAGAAAUUGGUAGACAAAAAGAACUAUAAAGAAGUUGUGCGCUACCUGAGAGCUGUGAAGUGCAAUCAUGCCAAAGGGUUGAGAGACCUUCGAGAUAAAAUCCCGUUCUAUUUGUGUAAGACUGGGGACUUCCUGGACGCUGCGCACUCGCUGCUGUUUCCCAUCAACAGCCUCUCCUGCUGCACUGCCUGCCGGAUAACGCCGCUGCAGUUCGAGGUCUACCUGAAGAUGUUCAGAACAGGCAGUGUCCCCACUGGAACCGAUAUGCUAGACUCUGGGCCCUGGAUUACAGUGGGGACUCCCUUGAAGGACGGGGUUCUAAUUAAGCAGGCGCUCAAGCUCCUUUACAGCAACGUGUCGCUCUACAGGAAUCCUAAAUGCUGGAGUUCCUUCAUCAUGAUCUUGGGUAGUAGCAAUCUGCUGGAAAAAAGUGGGCACCUGCAUCCCCUAUCCCUGAAAGAGCCGCCGCUUGACUUCCAAAAGGGGGUGCUCGCUGCCAGUGGUGGCCUUUUGGAGGAACUGAAGGCAAAGAUCAAUGUUUCUUUGCCACCUGCUAUUUUUGCUCCUCAGCUGCACCAUGAGGCUUGUCUUAUUCUGGCAGUGCAAGCAGUACAACAGAUGCUCUUUUGUGAUCUUCAGUACUUGACUUCCUUCUUAGAGAUAGCCCUGGCUUUUGGGAAUAACUUUUGGGCUCUGCGGCUGUUGCUGGAACAUCUUUCCUAUGAAGAACACGUUCUCCAUGGCACAGUCAACCUGAUUUUGAGAGAUCUGAGUCGCCAGAAAGCGACAAUGCUAAAACUGUGGCAAAACCUUGGUCCCCAGUACGUGAGUGAAUUCCUUUGCCUAUUCCUGACGUGCAGACACAAGAAGAUGCAAUCCAUUGGCCUGUUCACGCUGAAUAUUAUCGCAGAGAACCUGCAUAU